GGUCAUGGAAAAUAAAUCUAGUGAUUUGAGUUGUUUUUGGAUUUUGGUUCAUAUCACUCAAAGUUUGGAAGCUAGCCUUGAGUUCUAGUUGGACAUUUGGCUCUUGAUUUGUUGCACCACCAGACCAACAUGAGAAGCAGCCUUGUUGACCUUGCUGGCCUUGACCUCCACAUGAGAAGCAGUCUUGUUGACUAUUUUCCUUUUGAUUUUUUGAGGACUGCUUACCUUUUUCCUGAACCAGCAGGCUGGCCUCCUCCAGAUGAGGAUUUGCCUCCUAGAGCAUUUUGCUUUUGUUUUCUUGCACCUGCAGACGACUGGUCUCCUCCACAUGUGAAGCAGCUGAACUUGCAGCAUAGACACAUAUUUUUAGAUGAAAAAUGCAACGUAGAAUGAUGUCCUACUAAACAAUUAGUUGAUGUCUUUAUUAGACAAUCUUUUAGCAUUUUAUAGCCAAAUAAUUAGACCUAACAAUACAAAAAUAUUAAUACCGUAGAUGAUGAGGAACUUGGUACUUUCUUUCUCUGUUUUUCUUUUUCAAAAGGAAGUGAUUCUUUUUGCAUAAUAUACUAGUGUGUAUUCAUGAAGCUUGUAUUAAUAAACAACUAUCGCGAAU